AUGCAUCUGCCAAAAGUACUGCAACAGCGUGCAGCCUCUGACAGAGGUCUUGUGACAUACAUCCAAGUGAAUCGUGACCGCUGCCCAGCGAUGUUGAAGGUGCCGUCAAACAAGUGGCUCCUUCACAUCUACUCGCUCGAUGUUAUGAAACGGGCAGAUAAAAUGAAGGCGUCGAUCACCUCCGUGUUAGGUUCCAUUCUAAAGUCGGACUCAACACGCAAGGUAGCAAAGAAGUUGGCCGGGCAUGUGAAGAAUGCUGCAGCAUGGUGCACGAACAUUGGCAACGAGUAUGGCCAGGUUUUGAUUAGUGUGAUGGCUGUAGGAGAAGGUCGAAACCUUCGGUUACUGUGCCAGGGGAGUUCGUCACGUUACAGUGUGGCAGCAGAACCUCCACCUCAACUGAUGUACGUUGAUCGAGAUUGUUGUACUGAGAACGACUUUCAUGAAUACUGGCCUGAACUACAAGUGCGCCUUGAUAUCUGGCAUUUUAUGCGUCGCUUUGCGAGAGGGUGUACUACAAAAACACACCCGCUAUAUGCCAUGUUCAUGCGUCAACUCGGUGCUUGUAUCUUCGAGUGGGAUGCUGGGGAUCUCCCCAGUCUCGUGCAGGCAAGAAAACAGGAAUCCUCAUCACAUCACAAAGAUGCACAAGCCCUUGCGAAUCUGAAGCUUGACGAACUGGCCAUGUACUGUCGCCGGAAGACUCGCGGUGUUGAACAGACGACGGAGUUGCUAGUAGACCUCAUCUGUGCAUACAAGGCCUCAAAUAGGAAUGAUACCACUGGUGUUCCCCUAAUCGAUCCUGUUGUGAUGGAUGAAAUAUGGCGACAACAAUGUAGACACAUACCGUGCAUACAGGAUACCGACAAUGUGCAACUGUACACCAAACUCGCAGUAGUGGACAAGGGCGUCGUUAAACUGACACAGUACAGAUGUGCCCGAGUCCUUUCAUCUCUACCAAAUGCGUUUAUCCCUGUUUUGAAUGCCGAAAUCGUGGUUUUGGCAUAUUUUAAUCCUCUGAUUGCAUAUGUAUUGGUCCACAUAAGUUGUAUUUUAGUGCAUCUAAGAAUGUAUCUCAUUUAUUUUAUCUCAGGUACGACAAUGAAUGCGACUCACUUUCAAGCCAUGUUGUUAGAUGGGAUUUGCCGGUGGAAUGCUGAUCGGGAGAGGGACGCUGUGAAUGCAGACAGAGCCAAUGUCAUACAGUUGUAGCAAGCAAUAUUGCGCCGGGAACGCUACCCCAUUGUAAGCUGAUUAGAACACAGCUGUAGGAGUAGUUAUACGUAGAAAUAGGCGCUAGAGUACCUUGGCCAGCGGUACGACACCAGACGCAAUGUCGCAAAGGGCUGGCUGCAUAACCAAGUUAGAAGUUCUAAUAACACAGUGGAAUUAGUUGUAUCGAAAAGACUUUUCUGAGCCCAAUCACCUAGCGUGUUUGCCACCCUCCGGGUCGCCGAGACAAAGGAGGUGGCAGACCCGUCUACGAAUAUAUAACAGGGCUCGCAUACCCAUGUCGGGGCAGAGAAUUCUAGGCAUGAUCUGUCACGUGCCUAUGUGAAUGCAUGCAUGAUUUCACGUACGUAAAAUUUGAUGGAAUUCUAUUUUCACGUACGUCAUAUUUUGAUGGAAUUUUUUUCACCUACGUUGUUAAUCUAAGAUCCAAAAUUCAAAGGCAUGAUUCUGAAUUCUGAUUUGGGUAUAUUCAUUAACUUUGGACUUUGUUAAUGGACUGAAUGUCCUUGGGCAACACUGAC